AUCCGGGCACUGGAAUUCUUGCUGAAGUCGAAAUAGGUAAAGAUAAACAGGUUGAUUACAUAGGGGUUUUUCCUCAUUGGCAAAAUGAGUGAACAGCUGAAGUUCGUUGUCCAAGAAUUAGCAAAGGAGCCAUUCAACAAGAAGUAUAAUUUGAUAUCUUUUGAUUCCUUGGAACAAAUUCAACUUUUACAAGUUCUCAAUGAUGUUUUGGCAGUCGUUGAUCCAAAGGAAAUGGAUUUGCAACAAAUUGACAUUCGAGAAGAGAGCUCAGACCAAACAGCCAUCCGUAUAUUCCACAUGCUGAGAGUGCUGAAGUACAAACCUCCAACAGAACACAAUGAUAUGGAAGAGAGAAUGGCUUUGCGGUCUGCAUUUCGUUCUGGAAUAGUUCAGGGAGACAAGUUUGUGAUUUAUCCGAUUCUGGAAUGGCUGUUCCGAAGAAUUCCAGAGCUGAAAAAGAGGGCAUAUCUGGCCCACUUUCUUUUCAAAAUUGAUGUUCCAGCCGAAAUCAUGCAGGAGGAUCAGAUACCCGAACUGUAUUCCCAGUAUGAAGAGUUGAUGGAACAAUUCAAAGAUCUGCACAAACAGUCUGACAAUCUCAAGAAUUCUGGCUACAACACGGCGGAAAUCAGAAAAGAUAUUUCUAACAUGGAGGAUGAAAAAGAACAGCUGAACAAGAGGAUAGAACGUCUCAAGAGAAAGGUUGAGUCUCAUCCUAACUCUCAAACCAUGAUGAAUGUGGCUAGAAAUCUCCGCAUGGAGAGAGACAGAGAAAAGAAACUAGCAGAGCAACGCCAAGAACAGUCUACACUGAUACAGCAUGAGGAGCAAAAGAUACGGCGGUUACAACAGCAGCUUCAUGACACCCGUCAGGCAGGCGUGGGGGCCACCCCUCAGAGCCUACUACAGAGACUAGAGGAGGAGACCAGGACCAAUAAGUACAUCGUCACAGAGAGGCUUCCCAAGGACCUACUGGCGCGCAAGAAAACACUUCAGGACUUGCAGAAAGUGGUGGCAGAACCGGCGAUGGGACAGUCAGACCUAGAUCGACUGUUAGGACAGAUUCAAGAGUUGAACUCUGAAAUAAAUCAGCUGAUUGAGAAGAGAAUGAGAACUGGGGACCCAACAGAUGAUAAAUCUUCACUAUUCAAACAACAGGCAGCCAUUAUUGCUCACAAGAAAGAGGCUGCUGUGACCAUGUACCGGGAGAUUCGGGAGGAUUACAGCCGCUGUAUGCAGGAGAUGGAUCAGAAACGUGAAGUGGUGAAAGAAUCUGGCGGAGGAGAGGUGUUAAAAGGCGAAGAUUUCAAGAGAUAUGUAAACAAGUUGAGAAGCAAGAGCACAAUUUAUAAGAAGAAGAGACAGGAGAUUGCAGAGCUAAGAGCCGAAUACGGGGUAUUGUCACGUACAGAGGAAAUUCUACGUAACAGAGACGAGAACAUCAACCAACAGCUGGAGUUAGUCGAGAACAAAAAGGGCGUUGCUGGUUAUCGUCAGACACAAGAUGAGCUAGAGAAGGUGUCUAGUGUAAAGAGUGGUUUGGACGAUCGUAAAGGGAAGACUCUGGAGGACAUCUCUGACAUGGUACAGAGGCUGACCCGGAGGAUUGCCGAGAAGAAAACGGCACUAGCACCCAUUAUAAAAGAACUGCGUCCUAUGAGACAGAAGUCACAGGAACUAACCGGCAGGCAUGAAGAAAAGAAACAGGCAUACGACACAGCAGCAGCAGGCCUAGAGAGUAACAUGUCCAAACUAGAGCAGGAAGUGCGUGCGUACCGGGAGGAGGUGACACAAGACGAGGGUCGAUACCACUAUCUAAACUGUAUGAUAAACAUGUUAGAAAUUCAGCAACAGAAGGUUGCAGAGGAAAUGAAGGCCUACACAUCCGCCGACCCCUAUGCCAGGAAAAAGACAUUCAGAGAUAUAUUCCAAAGAAAGAUUCAAGAACAGGAAAAUCUAGGCAAAGGAUUACGGGAACAGCAGAAAAGUGUCAGAGAGAGCCAGGUUCCCAGUAUGCGACAGAUGAAGAUGUGGAAAGAUGUCCAGCGCCUGAUGGAAUGUAAACAGCGAUGUUUUGAUCAGACUGGUGGCUUUGCUGGGUCUGCUGGUGUUGGGUACGGGGAGGCACCACCAGCUAUGCUGGAAGAGGAUAGACUCGUAAUGUGAAAGUGACAUUUGCAUCAUAAAAUUCUAUUGAUAGCUGUUGUAUUUUCAAUAUCAAACGGUGAAAUACGGAGUGUAGAAAUUUUACUUCUAAAAAGCAUGGAGUUUUUUCCUGUUCAUUUGACUGACUUAAAUUCAACAGAUGUAGUGCAUUGAGUUUAUAAUGUAUUGAUGAUUAUACUUAUUACUACAGGAACAUUCCAAGAUUGUUUUGUCAACUUUUCCGUCCAAAUAAACUGUAUAUAUGUU